GCCGAUAUUUAUGAUGAUGUAGACGUCCUUCGAGACGCACAAGGCUCGCCUCGGGAAACGCUCGCAACGGACCUUUUGCUCGUGCAUGUAACAAGUGUUUGAAUAAAGGAAAAUUGCCAAACUCUUGCAAUCAUGCCGAUGGAAUUUUUGGAGCGGCUACCGGUCCCGAAUCUUCGGGUGUAUACCGCCAUUAGUUUCACCAUACUCUCCUGCUCCAUAUACUAUGCCACUCAAAUAAUCAAGGAUCCCGCUUGGAGGACCAAUCACACGCACGUCGAUGUGGCAGCCCAUCCUGGAGACGACGUCGAUCCGACUGAUCCGAGAGGUCUUGGCACGCAUCUCAAAGAACUCUUGGAAUGUAUGGUGGUGGAACCUGUCUGCGUCUGGACUCUAAUCAACAUGGCUUACUGCAUGUUGAUUCUUCUCGGCAAAACCAUUCAAAAGCUCGUAUUUGGCGAGCUACGUGCCUCAGAGAGCCAACAUUUGAAAGACAAGUUCUGGAAUUUUAUUUUUUAUAAAUUCAUCUUCGUUUUUGGGGUUUUGAACGUACAAUACAUGGACGAAGUUGUACUCUGGUGGGCAUGGUUCAUGGCGCUCGGUUUUCUCAGUCUUCUCAGCCAGCUUUGCAAAGAUCGAUUCGAAUACUUGUCCUUUUCACCCACCACACCAGGAUGGAGUCACGCGCGACUUCUCGGAUUAUUAGCGGCAAUUCUCGUGCUAUCUUCCUUCAUGCUUCUAUUCUGCAUCGCUGCAGCCUUCUUCUUCAUAUCUUUCAAUACUUUUGCUUUUAUGGCAGCUGAGUGUAUUCUACUCGGAGUCCGUACGAUUCACGUCAUGUUACGCUACGUGAUUCACCUGUACGAUACUCGUGGUGCCGGCACUUCGGCGCAACGUUCUUGGGAUAAACGUGGUCCGUUGACCUACUAUACGGACUUGAUUUCGGAGCUGAUUGUAUUGGCAGUCGACUUUUUCCAUCACGUUCACAUGCUUCUCUGGAGUAACAUCUUUUUGAGCAUGGCGUCGCUAGUGAUAUGUAUGCAACUGAGGUAUCUGUUUUACGAAAUACAACGGAGAAUCACGAAACACAGAAACUAUUUGGCUGUAUUGAAUCACAUGGAGCAAAAUUAUCCAAUGGCUUCGCAAGAUGAAUUAGCCGACAAUUCUGAUAACUGCGCGAUAUGCUGGGAGAAGAUGGAAAGCGCUCGUAAAUUACCUUGUACACACUUGUUUCACAACUCGUGCUUGCAAUCCUGGCUAGAGCAGGACACAUCGUGUCCCACUUGUCGAUUGGGUCUGAGUAUGCAAGCGAAUCACAGAGAGAACACUCCAGAGAUGCCACCCGAACCACAGACUCCUACGAGAAGAAACGGUAAUCAUUUCUUCCUCUUUCUCGAUGCAUCGAGAUACGUGUCUUGGUUGCCCAGCUUCUCCGUCGAGGUGUCGCACAACAGAUUACGCGGCAACAUAUCUACAUUGGCGCACACUAAUUCCCAGAUGGAUGCUAUGGCGCGACAGGUACAACUACUCUUCCCCCAUUUUUCUCGCAAUGUAAUCCUAGAAGACCUUAGAAUGACUCGAUCGGUCGAAUGGACAAUUGAGAAUAUUCUCGACGGGGUGUUAACUAUACCACAUCAUUUAAUCGAAGAACCGCAAGAAGAAUCCGUCCCACAAAUACAAACGGCUAUGACGAAUAUUGUGCCCAGCUCUUCUAUUCAAAAUUCACCAGAUCCUAGAUUCGAUAUUCCUGUUGCCGACAGCGGAGAAGAACCUUCGAGCCUUGGUGGUCGUUUCUCGAAAUCAUCUGCCGAGAGAGAAGUUAUACUUCAACGACGGAAAGAACACAUGCGAUUAACGGCACGCAGAAGGUAUUUGGAAAAGUAUCGGAAAUCCGAGUUUGAUUCGACAAAUUCGCAAAUAACGAAUACUGAAAAUGUUGAGAAUACUACAUCCUAAAUGUAAGCAGAAAUAAGGCCGGUUAAUAUGAUUUCCAAUUAAAAUUAUACGCAGAGCUGCAUAGUUGACAUAAAAUUGACAGAAUGUACGUUUUCUUAUUUGUUUUCUCUCGGAUGUGACACCAUAAAAUAUGCGUAACAAGAUUACGGAACGUACAACAUGGUGCAUACCACUUUUGCUGAUGACUGAUUAUUAAAUACAGCGAGAGCAUAUCGAGAGAUCUCUUCAUGAUCCAACAGUUUGUGCUCUUAACGUUCUCAAAAGAAAUUAAGUCAAGAGAGUCGUAAGAGAUUAGGUGCGACAUUGAAGAAUAGGUUGUGAACGAUAUACUCAUCAACGAUUAGUAUUGAAUCAAUACAAUCAAUUAUACUCAAUACCAUCAAGUUAUGACAAGAGGUAUAAUGAGGCGACUAAAUUAUAAUACAACACGUUGAAAUUUUUACGUAAUUUAUUUAAAUAUCACACCGGUGGCGUUUUGGCAAAAAUUGUUGGAGAAUGACCUCAUACCGGGUUAUUCGAUUUUGAAAAUUGAAAUAAAGCUGCAUCGUCGUCCACUUUCUAACAGAUAAGAAUCUUUGUUUCAUAACUUUUUAUUUUUCUCAUAUGUAUAAUUUGCUAAAUAAUUCUUAAUAAAUUUAUGAAUAAAUUGAGGAGAGGGAGAAAAGAAAAGAAAGACAGAGUAUUCUGGUUAUGAUAAGUACACUAAAUGUUAAUUUAAUGUAUGUGUUUAGUGCCAUAAAUAAAUUCAAGUGACACGUGCCAAUUCAAUGAGCAUGGAUUCAGUUAUGCUCAUUAGAGCUUUAAUAGCUGUUUCUAAAAGAGAGAAAACUCAUGUACCACGCGUGUGGACAUGUGUGCAUAAGAUAUAUUUAUUGACUAGCAACAUACACAAAAUUCCAGAUUUUUGAUUCAAAGUCAUGCUAUGUUUGUGCCUGUAAACAAGUUGUAUUUAAGAUACAUACGUGCUUGCCUACUAAACAUGAAAAUUAAAAAGAAGAAAGCUUCUAAUCUCAUUGUCAGACAGUUGGGCAAUACAGAUACAUUUAUGCUUCGGAAGAUAUCUGCCCUUGUUUCUUUUAUUAAGAUAUACAUUAGCUGUUUCGAAUUGAUGAUCUUGUAAAGUAAACUUGUUUUGCACAAAUACGAAAAUUAGAGUAACAAGUUGUAAAUCUUGUAUAUAAUCUAGUUUCAUAUGCAAUCGAGCGAGGGGUUCGGAAGUUUGCCAGCUUUAAUAGGAAAUCGUUUCUUGCAUCAUUUAAUGACGCAUACGUACACGUGGUAUAUACGAUGAGAAUAAUAGUAUAAGUUUAGAUUAUUUUAUAAUUUAUAUGUUACAAUAAUGACACGUGAUAAUAAUUCUGACAUAUACUAUUUAUGAGUAACUGAAAUGCGACAAUUGGUAGCAAGCUUUUUGUUGCAUACUAUUAAAAUUUCAACUUGAAUUACGUGAUAUAUUUAAUUUUUAUAUUUAGCUUGUGAGGUACUAUCCGUAGUAUGCUUGGGGGUUGGAUUACAAUUACGUUACCUAAUAUAAAACUUAUUAUUUCGUUGCUUAAUAUAAAUAAAAUUUUUUCUCCUACACUCUGUGCUGAUAUUGUGAUGAGAGUUUCAGCCAAGUAGUUUUGCGGAACUUUACAAACUUCCGAAUCUUUAAUAUUUCAUUACACUCGGAUAUAUAGUUACAUACAAAAUCCUACUUUAAUGGAAGAAUUUUAUAUUUUAUGGUUUAUAUUAUUUAUUUCCAUAAUAGUGCAACACGCAUAUUUAACUUGUAUAAAUUUAAUAACAACAUGCAUAGCUUUUCAGUUUUUCCUAGCUUGUGUGAUAAAAUUUGACAUAAAUAUUUAUCUGUGUUUACACACAAAUACACGUUGAAAACACAUGUAUCCAUAUAUACAUAUAUGUAGGAUAUACAGGAUGCGUCGUAUGGCUUUCGACUAUAAGAUCAAUAACGGAUUCUUUCACGUAAUACGGAAUAAAGCUUUUUCAUUUUUAUUGCAUGUUUUUGUAAUAUAAAUCUUAAAUUGAAAUUCACUCAGAAUUUACUUAAAAUUAAUUUGAAAUUUCUUCAAAAAUAUGGUUAUACUUGUAUGUUUUCGCUGGAGAAAAAAAAUCUACUUUUAAUUCAUCAUCAAAGAGUAUGGAUAUCUAACAUUAGAAUUAAGUCAUAGGACAUCCUGUAUUACGAUGCAUUAUCUGUAAGAAAUAGAUUUGUGUGCGCGUGUGUGUGUGCGUGUGUGUAUGUGCGUGCAUGCGCAUAUUGUCCGCAUCCAAGAGAUGAGAAAAACUUAUUUUACUAAUGUUGCCGACAUACAUCGUUGUACUAAAACUUUGUAAGUAGCUUUAUUUACAUCGAACCAUUUAUAUAUACACAUAUAUACAUACAUAUAUAUAUAUUUUAUGGAUCUCUAAGUUGCAUAUAAAUAAUAUAUAUAGGUAGGCAAUAAGUGACGAAACAUAAGAUAAUUUUCAUUUGAGGCAACUUUCUGUGUAUGGCAUACGAAAUUGACUAUUUCUAUUCUAGUUAUCAUUAAUAAUGUUAUAUAUUUUCAAAAGAUUCGAAACAGUAUUAUGUUUCAUAGGCAGAUGUAAAUUAAAUGAGAGAUCAAGAGGAGAAAUUAAAAGUUUGAUUAAUUGCCUCUAUGUGUAAAUAAGAUAUAGGUGUGAAGAUAUAUGAAUAUUUUCAUAUAAAUGAGAGCUUUAUUAAAUUAUAUUGUUUUUGAAAGAACAUAAUAUCUGGCUAGUUAAAGGAUAGUCUUUUCCUUUCGAGAGUCCCUCUCGAGAAGCCGUAACUUUAUUAUUACAAAACGAACUUUUCUUCAAGAUCUUUGUAAAUAUGAGCAUGGGGUGUCCUACGUCUCUCUAUUGUAGCAAUGUAAUACCUAUUCCACACUUGUGACAUUGUACAACUAGUAAGACAAAUAAAAUGCAUUAUAGAUUGUUGUAGUUA